AUGAUCUCCGUCGAGUAUUCGGACGAUGAAUCAGAAAACGUUGAUACCUCUGGCGCAGUUGAUCCCUUUGAUUUCAUCAACGCCGACUCUGACGAAGGAGCUGAGGAAGCCGAGACCACUGAAGCUGCUAUUCCCCUCACCCCAAAGGGUACUGUUACCUACGCUGAUGCCGUCCGCUCCCGACCCACCUCCGAGUGCCAGCCCAACGAGCCUGAGCCAGAAGACCCUGUUGUAGAAGACAUCGAAGUCGAGACUGUUGAGGAGCCCGUCCAGGCUGCUCCAGCUUUCCAGGCUGAGGCUGCUCCAGAGGGCGAGAGCAAAUCGUCCCGCGCUGAGCGAAAGGUCAAGAAAGCCCUCCAGAAACUCGGCCUCCAACAGGUUGAAGGAAUCAACCGAGUUGUUCUCCGAAAGGACAAAUCCCUUCUCUUCGUUGUUCCCGCCCCAGAAGCUGCCAAGGCUGCUGCCCCUCAGACCAUCGCUGAGGAAGAGGAGGAAAGCGAAGACGUCGACACCUCCGGAAUCGAAGAAAAGGACAUUGAGCUCGUCGUAGCCCAAGCUGGUUGCUCCCGAGCGAAAGCCGUCGCCGCCCUCCGAAAGAACGACAACGACAUCGUCAACUCAAUCAUGGAGCUGACCAUCUAG